AUGGGGGCAAACCACCGCUGGGGAUUCAACAAUGUGGCACCUGGGUUGCCCAGUUUGUUACGCUCUGUAACGCUAUUCGCUGCAGCAGCAGCAACAGCAGCAGUAGUAACUGGAGCUGCAGAGUUGACCAAUGUGGCUUCAAGCGGGGCUGCGGCACAGUCGGCCGUCAUGCCUCAGGAUGGAGAUGUGCGUCUCCACCGCUCCACCCCAUUGAAUUUGGUUGCGAGACAGCCUUUGGAAGUUUUCGAGCCCUCGGCGAUCAGAAGGUUACAAAGGCAGAGGCGAAGAAGUCAGAACAUGGCUGUUAGCGCUGGUUUAGUGGCGAUUGCAUGUUUAGCAGUGGCGUUUGUCGUGUUUCAAUGUGCGCGGAAGGCUCUGUUCCCUAUAUUAUUUGGAUCUCGGGGUAAACGGGCUCUCUCCGAUUCAGAUUUGGAAGAGCAGUCGAUACGCGUGUGCAUUGAAGAGGAGAUCGAUGAGAGUGAUGAGAGUUCGGGGGGUGCAGAGGCAAGACCUACUGAGGUAGCAGGAGAAGCAACGGCUCUGGAGGCAUUAGAAGAGUUGAGAUCCCUUAUAACUCUUGGCGUACAAACAGCGCCCCAUGUACCUUUGGAGAGGAGAGCGGCUCUCGUUGUCUUGUUGUUGACAAUUUGCACACAGGAGUUGGCUUUGUAUGGGGUCUACUCAACUGCCCGCACUGAGGUGGAGCGGCAGAUGACGAUUGAUUUUGUUUUGGCGGUGGGACAACAGGCUUUGUCACAACUAGGAGCGGCAGAUGACGAUUGA